ACAUAACCUCACGAGAGUCUCCUAUUUAAUACACAUUACACCAUAUCAUCUUAUCUCAAUUGUGUCUAAGACUCAUUCGUCAUAAACAUGGAAUCAUCCCAACAAACACCAACAAAAAACAAAAGCAAGAAUCAGCAUCCAAAAAGGUUCACCAAUGAGCAAAUCAAAGCCCUAGAGUCCAUUUUCGAGCAAGAAACGAAGCUCGAGCCAACGAAGAAGAUGCAGAUUGCAAGAGACCUCUCCCUGCACCCUCGGCAGGUAGCCAUAUGGUUCCAAAACAAACGAGCUCGUUGGAAAUCCAAGCGACUCGAGCAAGAGUUCACGAAGCUCAAAUCCAGCUACGAUGCUCUCUCCAUCAUGUUUGAUGACUUGAAGAAGGAGAAACACUCUCUUCAAAUCCAGUUGCACGAGCUGAAUGAUCGGUUGAAGAAAAAUCGCGAUGGAGAUGUUGGUGUAAACGAUGACGACGAAAAAUUUAUUACAAGUUGCUUCGGAGAAAAUGAGGAUCAAGAAUUUAUAUUCGACGAGCUGUCUGAGAUUCCCAAUUGGUGGGAGAGUUAGAUAUGUAUACGCGUAUAUAGAGAUGUAAUCAAAUAAUACAUUACGUGUAUAGUUUGAUAUUUUUAUAUCACUAAUUUGUGGAAUUUGGGAGUGAUGUGUGUUAAAUGAUUAGUGAUGAGUGUUCUUCUUUUUUUUUCAACCUUUUGUGUUAUUGGAGAAGAUAAAAGUUCAAUUCCAAAAUGUUGAGACUGACAUUUAGCAUAUCAUUCUGUACUUAUAUAACAUAUGAUUUUGUGAUUCUUACAUUCAUUAUAGCAAUAAAUAUCUAUUUGAUUGAUCA